CUCUUAUACUCUAGACUGUUGAGACUCACAGUUCCCCAAUCUAACAUCAAAAUCACCAACAAGACUUCCAAUGGUCGCCCCUAGAUGCCCUUGCCUUCAUCACCAAGCCUGGCUAACCUUCGAUUAAUUUUAUGGCAGGAAGUUUUUUUAAUCUCCCAACAAUGUGGUUUGGGGACAAUUUUGCAGGCAAAAGAUGACAGAUUAUUUGGGAGCAGCCGCCCAAAACAAAAUCAUCACAUUGGAAUUCUCAGCUGCACAUCUGUUUUGCAGGCAGUUUCCUCUAUAUAUUCACAUUGAUAGAACAUGUAGUCUCACUCAAUUCAUUUCCUAUAAACUAGCAAACUCUCCAAACAUUUUUCUGUGAAUUGCUUAUAUGGCUUCCUUCGUUUCGACCCCUGCAUGUCCAUUGGCUACCCUUCCCACAUCAAGGGUUAGAGUCCCUGGUAGUCAUAUCAAGAGUUUCUCAGCCAAUGUUCAGCCUCUGUUCUCCGGUUUGAAGCAACUCCCAGGAAUCCAACUUGAGGCAGCAGCUGCAUCCUAUCCAAUCCGCUCUAGAUGCUCUAGGACUCCAAUUUCAUGCUCUGCUCAGGCUGAGACUUUGCAAACCGUCCAAGGCACCAUUGCCAAGCAACUUUCAGUGGAGGUUAGCUCCGUGGCUCCUGAAACCAAAUUUGCUGACUUGGGGGCUGAUUCCCUCGACACGGUGGAAAUUAUGAUGGCUUUGGAAGAACAAUUCGGAGUGUCAAUUGGUGAAAGUGGAGCUGAGAACAUUGCCUCCGUUCAGGAUGCGGCAGACCUCAUUGAGAAACUGAAGGCAGAAGCUGCCUAG